UGUAUUAUUCUGAAAAAUAGUCGCAUUGUAUUAUUUAAAAGAAUAGUUACUUCAUUGUAUUGUUCAGAAGAAUAGUCACUUCAUUGUAUUAUUUAGAAGAAUAGUUACUUCAUUGUAUUGUUCAGAAGAAUAGUCACAUUGUAUUGUUCUGAAGAAUUGUUACUUCAUUAUAUUGUUCUGAAUAGUCACUAAAUUAAAUUUUUUACUAUUAUAGUCCCGCAGUUGUUCAGUAGCAUAGUCAAUAAUUUAAAUUGUUCAGUAGUAUAGUCACAAAUUUAAAUUGUUCAGUAGUAUAGUCACUUAAUUUAUGUAAAAUGUAGCACUUUAAUUGUAAUUGUUCAGCAUUACAAUCCCUCUUUUUGAAUCAUGGUUAGUAUUUACAUGAAAAUUGUGAACAACAUUUUACUUAUAAUUUAAUUACCUAGUCACAAUGUAUGAACAUAACCCUUAUAUGCAUAAAAUACCCAAUCAUUUGUUUAUUUCAGUAAAAUGUGAGAAAAUGUGAAUCUGACCUGUUGAAGAGUAAAUGUGAAACAGUGAUAUUUGAAUUCUAUAUUUGUGGAUAAAAACUAAUGUCUUCACGAGACAAGAUGAAGUCUAGAGGAAUGCUGGACAAGAUGGUUGGAGGCCUGGCCGGAGGUAAAACUAAAGCUAGAGGACAACCUCCAGGAAAUAUACAGAGGCCAACUUCACUUAGUGAUUUCAACGAGGCCGAAGAGGAGAGCUGGAGUAUUGACAGGAUGAGUGACAAGGAUAUUAUGGAUGAGUUUGAGAAAAUGUUGGAGAAUAUGAAUUUAAACGAAGAAAAGAAGGAACCUUUGCGGCUUCUUCCUUUAAGUAAGAAGCGUGAUAUGCUGACAAUGAAUUCUAAAACAACAGCUAGAAACAGGCUUGACUCCCCAACCGACUAUAUACAGUAUCUGUCCAGUCCAGAACUAUCUUUAACCAAAAAAUAUAAUUGUGUCGAAUCCCUAAGGGUUGCACUCACGAGUAACAGUUUAGAAUGGGUUCAAGAUUUUGGAAACAAGGGUUUGAAGCAGGUUCUCUCUGUUCUAAAUGAAUGCUUUAGAAAUGAUUCUACCUGGGACAAAGUUCAACACGAGUGUAUUAAAUGUCUCAAGGCAAUUAUGAACAACAAGGUUGGGUUAAAAGCAAUGUUGGAACACAAGGAAGCUCUAACCCUAUUGGCGAGAUCUAUAAAUCCUGCUCUGCCCCACGUGAUGCUGGAGGCGGUUAGACUCAUGUCAGCGAUCUGCCUUAUUCCUCCUGAUGGACACGAGAAGACUCUGGAAGCCAUCACUAUUGCUGGAGAAGUGAAGGGAAGGGAUCGUUUUCAACCGAUUGUCCAGGGUCUACUGCUCAGGAAUAACGAUGGGUUGAGGGUAGCUUGUCUUCAACUCAUCAAUGCUCUUAUGACAAGCCCGGAUGAUCUAGACUUCAGAAUCCAUUUGCGAAAUGAGUUUAUGCGUGUUGGACUGAUAGACGUACUAGAUACCCUUGAAGAUGAGAACAGCGAGGAUCUGAUUCUCCAGCUCAAGGUCUUCAACGAUCACAAGGAAGAGGACUUCGACGAGUUUGCGCAGAGGUUUGACAAUAUCCGGCUGGAGCUGGACGACGUGAACGAAUGUUUUGAAUUGAUAAAGAACCUUGUUCUGGAUUCACCAGCAGAACCAUACUUCCUCUCCAUCCUUCAACAUCUUGUCUGUAUUCGAGACGAUGCUCAGAUCAGGCCUGCAUACUACAAGCUGAUAGAAGAGUGUGUUUCCCAAAUUGUACUUCACAAAUCCGGCUGUGAUCCAGAUUUUAGAGCAACCCAGAGAUUUAACAUAGACGUAGAACCAUUGAUAGAACAGUUGAUAGAGAGAGGUAGAGAAGAUGGGAGUGGAGGAGGGAGUAUAGGGAUGAAUGCUGGCUUGGAGGCUGCGCUUACAGAGAAGCAGGAAACCGAGGCUAAACUAUCUCAAGCUCAGCAGAGGAUCAACCAACUCGAGGACGCCCUCAGUAAUGGUGGUGUAAUGCCGGGCAAACUACCACCCCCUCCCCCUGGCAUUGGAAUGUAUAACCCAGCUGCACCUCCAAUACCCCCAGGAGGUGGCGCCCCACCUCCCCCUCCUCCACCUGGAGGGGGUCCUCCUCCCCCUCCCCCACCACCUGGUAUGGGUGGUCCUCCACCGCCUCCACCUCCACCUGGAUCUGGAGCUCCACCCCCUCCUCCACCUCCAGGAGGAGGACCACCCCCUCCUCCUCCACCCUUUGGAGCUCCUCGACCUCCAGGUCCUCCUGGUCCUCCAGCUGCUCCUCAAGCUUCAGAUAUUCUUAUAAAGCUUGGUAUGAAGAGAAAGAAGAAGUGGGCUGUGGAAGGACAGAUAAAGAGAACUAACUGGAAGGCUGUACCUGUGAAUAAACUGACAGAAAAUGCUUUCUGGACAAAGGUGGACGAGGAAAGAUUAGCCUCACAAUCUUUAAUAGAAAACCUACAGGACCGGUUUUCUUCUAAACCUCCGAGUAAAUUAUCAGUGGACGAGGGGAAACCUACAGCUACGAAAAAGAAAACUAAGGAAUUAAAGGUUUUAGAUGCCAAAGCAGCGCAGAACCUUUCAGUUGUACUAGGUGGAUCUUUAAAGCACAUCUCCUACUCUGAUCUACGGAAAUGUAUUCUUAGAUGUGAUACUUCAGUUCUUACAGAAAACCUUCUUCAAUCACUUAUUCAGUACCUGCCAACCCCGGACCAACUCAACCGUCUUCUAGAACAUCAAUCAGAUUAUGAUAAUUUAGCGGAAGCCGAACAAUUUGCUCUGUCCUUGGCGGACAUUAAACGUUUAGUGCCUAGAUUAAAAUCAUUAAGAUUUCAGCUUUUCUAUCCUGAGCUUGUACAGGACUGUAAACCUCAUAUUGUUGCCGCAACAGCUGCUUGUGAAGAGGUUCGGAAAUCUAAAAAGUUUGGCAAACUAUUGGAAAUAAUUCUGUUGAUUGGAAACAUUAUGAAUACUGGCAGUAAAAACGAGCAGAGUGUCGGAUUUGAUAUUUCUUAUCUCACUAAACUUAGUAAUACCAAGGACAGGGACAACAAGACGACACUGCUCACCUUCCUGGUCGAAACUAUCGAGAAGGAUUAUCCAGAACUUUUAAACUUCUUUGAUGAAAUUAUGCACGUGGAUAAGGCAGCAAGGGUACACUGUGAAGGAGUUAUGAAGGCCUUGAAGAAUAUGGACAACUCUGUGAAGAAUCUUGAGACUGACUUGAAGAAUGCGUCCAGGGGGAACACGGACCCUGACGACAAGUUCGAGGAGACAAUGGGACAGUUCUCGAAAGAAGCCCGAGCACAGUGUGAAAUCCUUCAAUCCAUGUACCAGAAAAUGGAUUCAUUAUACUUAGGAUUAUCUGAAUAUUUUGUAUUUGAUAAGCAGAAGUAUACUCUAGAAGAAUUUUUCUCCGACAUUAAAGUUUUCAAGGACCAGUUUAAGGCUUCGUAUGAGAACAUCUUGAAGGAGCGGGAGAAUGAGGCGAGGUUACAGAGGGUUAGAGAGGCCAGAGAAAAGGCUGAGAAGGUACGAACGGAGAAUAAUGCGCGGAAAAGAGCUCUCGUUGACUUUAAUGCGCCCGAUGACCAGGAAGGAGUUAUGGACAGCUUACUGGAAGCCCUGAAGACUGGAACUGCGUUCUCUAGAGAUCAGAAAAGAAAGCGGGCACCUAGAGCAGCAGGAGCGGAGCGUCGAGCGCAGCUGAACCGGAGCCGGUCACGGGGACCUCAGGGUCAGGGAUCCCCCUUCAACAAGGAUUUAGUAGAUAUUCUAAUGGAAGAAGAGAACGAACCCCCAUUGCCGGGGGGCGGCGGCGGUGCUAAUACUGCAGUGCGGCGGGAACGCCGUGCUAAUCGACAAGCAGCACAUCUACAGCCAAGAGAAAGGGAGUUUGCCGGUAUGGUUGAAAAUGGAGAUACCGGUGCUCAAAAUGAUUCUGAAGCACUUAUGAGAAAACUGCGCGCAUUAUAACAUCUUAACAUCAAACCAUUCUUUAUUGGGUCUUUCGUGAGAUUUAUAUCACAAUCACGCUGAACUUAGACAUUUCUUUUUUCAUUUUCGAGUUUUCCUGUUUUCCCACACUGGAGACCAUUUAGGCAGGCAAUAUUUAAGAUCAGUGAUUUGAAUUUUUUCAUCUUUAAUUUUCAAGUUUCCUUUUACCAAAAAAUUAACAAUAUUUUAAUAUUGUAAAAGAGAUAUUUAGAUUUAUUUAUCUUAUUUUUUUUUGUUCAGAGAUGAUAGCCUUAUAAAUUAACACUUGACUGUAAAAAUAUGAAUUAUAAACAUGGAAUCAAGAUAUCAAACUAUUGUGAUUUAUAAAUAAAAUUCGCAUUUACCGUGCCAAUUACAGCCGAUUAGGCUCCUUGUCUAUGAUUCAAUAAAUAAAUAUUAUUUAUAGUAAAUAAAUGCAUUAUUAAAUGGA